UAAUCCUGUCAUGAAAUUGCACAGCAUGCAACAUUUAGCAACAGCUCAAGUGGUUAUUGCCAUAAUUAGUUCGCUUAUGCGACGUCGGAAUGAACGUAGACAAAGCAGAGAUCAAAUCACACGUGAGAUACGGAUUGAAGGCGACCGAGCAAGAGAUGAAUUAAUGUCUUACUUACUUUCAAGUGAUUUAUGUCAUAGUAUGAUUAGAAUGAGUUCGUCGGCUUUCUUAGGGUUAUGUGAUAUGUUAGUUAGAGAUGGUGGUCUUAGAGCAACUUUACACGUAUCGGUCGAGGAGCAAGUUGCAAAAACACUUUACGUGUUAGGUCAUAAUGUUACCCAUCGUGAACUCUCUUUCUUUUUCCGGCGUUCUCGUGAGACCACUUUUCGCCAUUUCCAUAAUGUAUUACAAGCUAUAAUAGAAUUGGAGGACAAAUAUUUGACACAACCUGAUGGGUCACAAAUUCCUUCAGAGAUAUUCAACAGUAACAGAUUCCAUCCAUAUUUCAAGGAUUGUAUUGGUGCUAUUGAUGGAACACAUAUUCGUGUCAAAGUUCCAAGUGCUGAAGCUCCCAAAUAUCGUGGUAGGAAGGAUUACCCAACACAAAAUGUGUUGGCGGCUUGUACAUUUGACUUAAAAUUCACGUAUGUGUUACCUGGGUGGGAAGGAACAACAUCUGAUUCAAGAAUCAUAAAGAAUGCUCUAAUUAGACCUUAUCCACUAAGAAUUCCCGAAGGGAAAUAUUAUCUUGUUGAUGCGGGAUUCAUGUUGAGACGUGGACUUAUUACACCAUACCGAGGGGAGCGAUAUCACUUGAAGGAAUAUUCAAGAAAUCCUCCAAGAAAUCCACGUGAAUUAUUUAAUCUUCGUCAUGCGUCAUUGCGUAGUGCUAUUGAACGAGCAUUUGGUGUUCUUAAAAAACGUUUUCCUAUAAUAGCAAGUUCAACCGAGCCUCAUUAUGGAUUGGAGACACAUAAAGAAAUCAUUUUUGCAUGUUGUAUUUUGCAUAACUAUUUGAUGGGGGUAGAUCCCGAUGAAGCACUAAUUACCCAAGUUGAUAAUGAAAUUCGGGAUGAAGCGGGAGAUGAAUAUCGUGCUAGUGGGGAGAAUAAUGAAGAAACUAUUCAAGGGGAGAUCAUUAGAGAUGAAAUAGCCGUGGAAAUGUGA